GUUCAGCUGAUGGACCUCACCGAUGGCGACAAGGCAAAGGGUUUCCAAGUGCCGGUAUGGGAAGAGUACCGCAAGAUUUGUGACAAACAUGAAUCUGUACCAGUGAAUUUCGAGAAGGUGGAGCGCUUUGAGUUCUAUGAGAGAGCCAAGAAAGUUUAUGCCAUCAUCCACACAGGAGAAACUGCAGCCUAUGCCAAUAUUCUCCUGAAACGAGGAGUCUGCUAGUCACCCAUGUGUACUUCUCUGGAAAAUGUAGUUAGCCUCUGUCAGAAACAUCACUAUAACCUUCUUUCAGUCUUAGAAUGUGGACUUUGAAAUUUAGCAUUUGUUAAAUAUAGUAGGUAUUCCAUAAGAUGUUAACACUUUAGUACUUUGAAAAGCUUGUAACAAAUUAACCAAAAAAAAGCAAAAACAGUAUAGUUUGACUUUGCAUUUUUCAAUUGUAUUCCUUGAAAAAUUUGACUUUAUUGUAAAUAUCUGUCUUCAGAGUUAUGCCAAAUAACAGGAAUGUUUGUGGCACAACACUUUUUUGGUGAAUAAAGAAGAAACCAGAA